CCUGCCUGUCGUCCCUGCGCCCUUCCCGCUCCUUCUCCUUCCCUCUUGCUAGGUGGCCGGGAAGGAAGAAGCAAUUCAGUCAGGAUGGCUAAAGGUGAUCCCAAGAAACCAAAGGGCAAGAUGUCUGCUUAUGCCUUCUUCGUGCAGACAUGCAGAGAGGAACACAAGAAGAAAAACCCAGAAGUCCCUGUCAAUUUUGCAGAAUUUUCUAAGAAGUGCUCUGAGAGGUGGAAGACUAUGUCUGGGAAGGAGAAAUCUAAAUUCGAUGAAAUGGCAAAGGCAGACAAAGUGCGUUAUGACCGGGAAAUGAAGGAUUAUGGACCAGCUAAGGGAGGCAAGAAGAAGAAGGACCCUAAUGCCCCCAAAAGGCCACCGUCUGGAUUCUUCCUGUUCUGUUCAGAAUUCCGCCCCAAGAUCAAAUCUACAAACCCUGGUAUCUCCAUUGGAGAUGUGGCAAAGAAGCUGGGCGAGAUGUGGAAUAACUUAAGUGAUGGUGAGAAGCAACCUUACAACAAUAAGGCAGCGAAGCUGAAGGAGAAGUACGAGAAGGAUGUCGCCGACUAUAAGUCUAAAGGAAAGUUUGAUGGCGCGAAGGGUCCCGCCAAAGUUGCCCGGAAAAAGGUGGAAGAAGAUGAUGAAGACGACGAGGAGGAGGAAGAGGAAGAGGAGGAGGAGGAGGAGGAUGAAUAAAAGAAACUGUUGAUCUGUCUCCUUGUGAAUACCUUAGAGUAGGGAGCGCCGUCAUUGACAUUGACACCCCUCUUAUUGGAGGCGUGUCUGUUGCCCUCGUUAGGUUUAAUCACACAAUUGGGUCAUGGUCAUAUUGUAGUUUCUCAAAGUGCUCUAGAAAUUGUCAGUGGUUUACAUGAAGUGGCCAUGGGUGUCCAGAGCACCCUGAAACUGUAUCAAAGUUGUACAUAUUUCCAAACAUUUUUAAAAUGAAAAGGCUCUCGUGUUCUCCUCACUCUGUGCACUUUGCUGUUGGUGUGACAAGGCAUUUAAAGAUGUUCCUGGCAUUUUCUUUUUUUGAUUUGUAAGGUGGUGUUAACUAUAUGGUUAUUGGCUAGAAAUCCUGAGUUAUCAACUGUACAUAUCUAUAGUUUGUAAAAAAAAAAGAACAAAACAACCGAGACAAACUCUUGAUGCUCCUUGCUUGGCGUUGAGGCUGUGGGGAAGAUGCCUUUUGGAGGGGCUGUAGCUCAGGGCGUGCACUGUGAGGCUGGACCUGUGGACAUUGCAGUGGGCAUCCAUUUAGCUUCAGGUUGUCUUGUUUCUGUAUAUAGUGACCUAGCAUUUUGCUGCCAUUCGUAGCUGUGGAGAAGGGGGGGGUCAGCUGGCAUGAGAAGUGUUUGGAUCCUUUUUAGUUAAGUGCGGUAGUUUUAAACUGUUUGUUUUGAAACAAACUGUGGAACUCUUCAUUGUCAGCAAAGCGAAAGAGCCACUGCAUCAAUGAAAGUUCAAGAACCUUCUGUACUAAACACGAUUUGCAACGUUCUGUUAUUUUUUUUGUAUGUUUAGAAUGCUGAAAUGUUUUUGAAGUUAAAUAAACAGUAUUACAUUUUUAAAA